AUGAGCAAGUUGGUGUCGUCGCUGCUGUGCGACUUCGUUGUUCCAGUCGUGGGUGGAUCGCUCUUCGAGGCUCUGUCGGCUACAGCUACGCUGUGUGGGGAGAUGAAGGAGAACGAGGCCAUGUGCCGUCGAGUGUACGAGCGGCUGCGGUUCGUGUACGACGAGUUGCAGAAGUGCUCGGACGCCUCGUCGCUGCGUGAAAGUCGGGUGCUGGCCAUGUACGGCAGCGCCAUCGCUCAGUUCCUGAGCUUCUUGGAGAGCCAUUCACGGAAGAGGCUGCUGCGGAGGUUGAUCGAGAGUGCUCGUAUGGCUGACCGCAUCCAAGACUUCCACAAAGAGAUCGACGAAUUGUUCAAGGUGCUGAGCAUUGUCCACAUGACGGAGAUGUCGGCGUGGCGCCACGAAUGGGAG